AUGAAGGGUAUAAUAGGGCUUCUACAAUUUUUCAUUGAAACAGACCACUCAACGACAUUUGAAACCCAAAGACAUAUUGUAAAGUACAUUGGCAUGUCCACUUUACGGUUCGAUUCGCAUGUCCAGCAGGGACGACUAUUGAGCUUACUUCAAAAUCUCUUUGUUUCUACGGCCACGACAACAAAUGCAAACUUCCAUUACACUAUGCUGAUCAACACAUACUUCCAUCUUGCAAAACACUACAAAACAAAGCUCAAUUUGCGCAUUUACAGCUUGAUGGAUUUGAUCCAAGACAUAAUCAUGGCUGCCAAUCGAAUCACAUCAGUUAAGGAUAGAUCCAGAUAUGCUGAACUUAUAUCAGACUACAGAUUCAGACCAAGUCUAAGAGUGGAUGAGGCAAUUGACCUUUCAAAGCAGCAAUUGCAACUUCUCCUCUACUAUCUGAUGAAGCUUCUGAACACCGUAAUACAGUUGCCAGACAAUUUUGCGAAACGAAAAUUAAAAGCCAGAUUUGCUCCGAGAAGGCAAAGGCUACAGGCGUUCCUAAUCUUGAACAAAAACAUCGAACUGCUCCAGCUACUCAAGCAAUGCAAAUUAUAG